AUCUCGAUACAAACUGAUAGUUUUAAGAAUGAUAUGCUCUUUAACUAUGAUAGUUUGUUAGAGCAAAUUGAGGAUAUGAAUAUUGAUGAUAAUAAACAUAAUAAUAAAUAUCUUGAAGAUGAUGAAUAUAAAAAUGAAUGA